AUGAUGUGGACGAAAGAGGAGCAUGCCAAGUUUCUUGAAGCCCUGAACAAGUACAACAUCAACACGAAGCGAGAAGAGGACGGGGAUGGCAAGAUGUUCGUGGGGCUUGGCCCCCACGUCGCAAACCUCAUCGCCAUGGACAUCGGAACGCGCACUGUCGCUCAAGUACGAUCGCACGCCCAGAAAUACUUUCAAAACAUCUCCAAAAAGAAGAAGCAAGCCUCUUGGGACAACAGCAUACAUUUCGUGCCGCUUGGGAAACGCAAGUCAUCCAUCUUCGAUGAUCGUGACAAGUCAUGA